AUGAGCGGCCAGCCAAGCAAAGAAGAACUCAUCCAGCACUUUCAGUUGCUUUGCAAUCAACAAAGACAACUCCAGACCAAGCUUGCGGAGAUUCGAAUGGAAAAGGGCGAGCACGAAAUUGUUGCCGAGACAUUGAAGAACGUUUCCGCCGAUAGAAAGUGCUGGCGACUUGUUGGCGGCGUUUUAACAGAGCGUAAUGUUGGCGACGUUCUUCCUGCGCUGGAAAAUCAAGUCACUGGCUUGGCAAAUGUCAUGACUUCUUUGGAACAGCAGAUGAAUCUCAAAGCCAAAGAAAUCACCGCUUACCGAGAAAAGCACAACAUCAUGAUCAAGGGCCAAGCUCCACCAGGCGCCGCUCAAGCCGCCGCUAAACAGCAAGGUGUCCUCGUACAGUAG